GGGCACCGAAAACCAGUCGGUCAUUGCUUCCGCGCACUCGCAUCCGCGCAACUCGCAUCCAAGCAUCGAAACGGAAGAAGGUCCGCAAGCACCAUGGGCGGCUACGGCAAGAAGAACAAGAACAAUGGCGUCGAUGCCUCCUUCGAUUCCUCCAUUGCUACGAAUAGCACACGGAAGAGCAAGAACGGAAUGAAAAAGCUGGGUUCGUCCAUCAAGAACGUCUUUGGGGGAAAGAAGCGGAGGCGUCGCAAGAAACUCGCGGCCCUGCAGCGAGAAGGAAACGCCAACGGCAACGUCCACGUCUUCGAUGACCGGAGCUACGUUUCCUACGAAUACAGCGAGGCGGGGGAUUCCGACGUGUACAGCUACCAGGAAGAGAUGGCCUCCGUCCACUCGAGGAAGCGAUCGGGGAACUCCCCCGGAAGGCCGCUCACGAAGAUCCACGAGGGAGACAACGAGGACGCCUCGGACGUGGAAGACACCGCCAGUCCGCGCCGCAACCGGGGAUCCAGGGGCCGGAGGGGCGGCGAUGAUGCCUCUGUGUCCUCCAAGAGCUCCUGGAUGAGCAACCGACGGACCAAAAAGGCCCAGCAGCAAACCCCGGACCCGCUCUUGCUGGUGGUCCUGCUGGUCGAUCCCUCCACCCUGAGGUUCGAGCUGCUCUCACUGGAGUUCGAUCUGGCGGAGACGGCCAAGCAGGCUAGGAAGAACCGCAACACCCACGGUUCCCACGAGUUCAACCUCACGGUCCAGGACGUCCUGAACCAGAUCACGCCCGAUGCCCUGACGGAAGAAAAACUCCGGGCCAGUGCCUCUAGCUCGGGAGGCUGCAGGGCUCUGAUCGAUCGCAACGGCCAGAUCCAUUUUGGGACCGCGAGCCUCGAAACCGCCUGUGCCGCCCGGUCCCUGCGGGCCUCCGAUCGGGCCACGCAGCUGCGGGAAAUCACCCGCGCCAAGCGGAACCGGGCCAGCGGUGCCCAAGCACCCGUAAUGUGGGAAUGCCGCCUCGGCAAUCCUACCUACACGGGGGAACCCCACAGGGAUGUCCUCCUGGGAUUCUUUGUUUCUUCCGAGGACGACUGCGACGGGGGAAAGAAGAACGGAAAGAGCAUCACCGAGAUGGCGACCGACGUGGCCAGGGUGAUGGACCUCGCCCGUCCUAUUUUUGCCGAUCCCAGCGUGGUGGAUCUCAUGGAAGGAAACGGAUACGAUCUGACGGGGUGGAAAUCGGGUAGGUUGACGGACAAGAGCGGCACCUCCCCGGCUUCCAGGGCCAUGCUGAUGCCCCCGACACCGUCAAAACGUAGGAGCCGGCGGUUGGAUUGGAACCAUCCCGUCGUCAAACUCCUGGUUGCCCUGGUCAGCAUGACGCUCGCCACGGUCCUGGCCUUUGCCCUGGUCUCCGUUGGGCUGCACCUGGUGCCGGCCCUGUCCCCGGGAGACAUCGGCGACCAAGACAACCACGGCCACGGCCACGAAGACGACGGUCGCCACACGUUCGAGGGAUAUGCCAGGCUCGCCUUUGAUGCGGUGCGGGCAGCCGUCACCGGUCCCGGAGACUCGGUAGAAGCCUAGCGGCGGGUGGACAACCCGUCGGGCCGGGCACCCCUGCUGCAGCAAUACAAUGGUUCGAACGGA